UUUAGGCUACCCAGUGCAGCUGUCUUGCCUUUUUCAGUUUAUUUCUUCUGUAUCUGUGUGUUUUGUACCUGAGAUGGAGAAUCACGUAGAAGCCUAAAUGGAUUAUUAUUGUACUAAGUAGCAAUCAUGAUCCCAGCGUAAUGAACAUGUGCUAAUCAUAAAGGAAUUAUAUUUCUGCCUUGCAGCGAGUCGUGAAAUCGCCAAUAAAAUGUCACACAUCACUCUGGAGAUACAGACAGCCAUAAAUCAGAGUGGUCUCCUAAUGGUUUACGGACAUCUGUGUGCACGUCUCCGCUCUGCACGUCUUCCAGCUUCUCUGCGUUUGGCAUUAUUGCUGUGGAAGCUGCCUCUCGGGUCUGAUGCCAUAGGCAGCGCAGACUCCUUUUGCUUUGAGAAGGCUCCAUAUCCCCAGCGAUCGCACAUGCCAUCAGGUGACCAUUACAACAGUGAAGAGGAUCACAGCUACGUUCUCCUUAAUUGGAUGUGUGUGCAUGCUUGUCAUAAUCUGGCUGUUCAGAAAAUACAAUUCUUUGGCACAGAUUGGUGUGCGCUAGCUUGGGUCUGCUCCAUUACACUGAACCUUUAUCUGAAUGUAGUAAAAGAGAUGAGGACAGACCAAUACCAACUGACAUACCAUUUUACUGCUUGGGGAGUGCCAUUUAUUCUGUCUUGCCUCCCGCUCUUUGGAGAUCUUUAUGGCCCUGCUGGUGCAUGGUGCUGGAUAACGGAUGAGCAUGUAGCCUGGAGAUUUGUCAUAUGGUACGUUCCAUUGUUCAGCCUGAUAUUCCUGAUGAUGCUGUGUUACCUGCGGAUAAUCUACGUGGCAAAGCAAAGGGUCAUCACAUGGUCUGGAACAUAUGAUCCUAGGAGAGAACGAAGCAAGAUUAUAAUGGCGGAAGAAAUUAAACCUUUGAAGUGGUAUCCCUGUGUGUAUCUGGCUGUAUCUCUCUUUCCCCUUCUAAACAGAAUCCAUAAUGCCUUCUACCCAAGUCAUCCUGUGUUCAUUCUCACAUUACUGCAUGUGAUGAGUGCUCCACUUCAUGGAUUGGCCAACACCAUUGUUUUUGUAUUAGACAAGGAAACUUGGAGUCAGCUUACAAUGGCGUCGCUGAGGGUGGCUUUCCAGUCAAGGCUCUGCGACCGCACAAAGAUCACAGAAUAUCACCCGGCUAGUGUGCGGUACAUGACUCAGAUAGAUGAAGAGGAUUCGGAUUCUGCUGAUGACACCACAGUAUUAUUCUCUAUGCCAUCAAUGGCAUUAAGGAAUAAAGAACCCUGAUUUUUCUUUUUUUUUUUUGGACUGGGCUAGAAGAUUGCACCAAUCUGCCCUGAAUGUGCACUGUCUGCAGGAGAGAACGCAGAAGGCAAAAGACAACCUUGGACUGCCUUAUUAAGGAGCUGUCAUCCUUCAUUAUUAAUACUACAUGGUUAAUAUUUAAUGCUGUAUAACCAGAGCUCCUGACGGCAGCACAGCCACAAGACACGCCGGGGUCAUUCCAACUGCAAAUCGUAAGACAGGAGAUGUGGUGGCUUUAUAAGUGCCACCUGAUAAUGCCGGGAGGCACAUGCCCAGCGCAAGUACGUGUGCGUAUAUCAUUUACCAAGGCAGGGCUGAAAUGACUGCAUUUAGCAUCAAGUAUUUCUGUCCAAUGUAAAGCACUUUUAUGUGGAUUGUCUUAUUAGAAGUGGGCAGGUCCCUCAUUUCAGUAAUAUAUGUCAUGUAGAAACGCUAGCAGCCA